AUGCACAUAGGUUUCUCUGUAGCCCACCAAGAAGCCAUUGAGAGACAUGUGCGUGAUAUGCUACAAAGGACGGAGCCUGAGCUCAAAUCCAAUGACUCUGACGAGGCAUUAGACGCCAGGGACAAACUGCCGUAUACCUGUGACCCACUUCUCUUCACAACACCCCAUCCCGCUUUGAGUACCGGUAUUGACCUCAGGUUAUCGGAUACCAGGCUUACGGCGCUGAACAAACUAGACAACUCGAAAUUUUCCUCUCACAAACGAGCUAGCAACAAAGUGAAAUCGGGGUCAAAUGAGGCCCUAUUUGGAGAUAUGAAUCCACAUUUUUCGAAGAAAUUGGGUCCGGAAUUGGGCUCAAAGUUCCCCAUGCUGAGAAGUGGGUACGCAAGUACAGUUUAUUUCUUAGACGCAGUGUCUGGGGGAAGGGCCACACUGGUUGCGGCGGUCAGGAAACUCUGUGGCCAGUGUCAAGCAGGUGUCAGAAGUGCAAAUGGUGUCAAAGGUGACGGGGUUAUCGACGAGAAGACGGUCAACGAUGCGUUAUCGAAUGAUGAAGAACCCGAUGUAGCUCUUAUAUUUGGACCCGUUCUGUCCCUGGCCGGCUUCCUGCCAUGGCACACACGGUUAACGGAGAUGAUCUGCAUGCGAGACCUGCACAGUACAACGCCCUUUGAAUUCCGGAGGGCUAUGUUGCGGUUUAGCCAAUGCGUCCAUCGAUACGGAAAAUAGAAAAAGCUUUUUCUCGCCGUGUGUCGUAUUCCGUCAUAUGUCAAAAUAAGCAAGCGUAUAGUGAUUGUUACAUUAGUGUCAAAAUAGUACACAAUGGACAUGACUCAACACGCACGAACAUAUUCUUAUGUGGUGCCACUUACGCACAUGUAUGUGUGCUGUAUGGACAUGGAUAGUUACCGACAGAAGGAUCUAAUCAUUUAGAAUCGCCGAAAAAAUGCAACAGUCGCAGCGUACUCUAUGGCCAGAUUCAGGAGCCAGGGUACUGUUGGCCUCAUGCGUAUAUUUGUGCGCAUGAAUAUCGAAACAUUAGCCGUAUGUUAUAUAUA